UUCAAUAUUCAGAAUAAUUUGAUUCAACAAUGAAUUGGUAUAUUUGGCUUGGUUUACUUUUCUUUGGCAAUGUUGUCGGUGUCCGCGAUAUGUACCGGGGCGUAUUUAACAAAAACGAUUUUUUGGUAGCUCAAGAUCACUUGUAUCAAGAAAAGUUGACUUAUAGGACAGUGAUAGCUAAAUAUGUGAGACAUUUCAGCUGCCCAAUCUCCUACUACCGCGUUCUCGACCGACUUGCUGUAGGAAGAGGUCCGAGGGUAGAACUGAUAAAAGGCGGUCUCCUGCAAAAGGUCCUAGCCCUCAAACUGACGUCCGUAUUCAACCAGCCAGUCAACGUCGUCAUCUUCAUCGCCUGUGCCAAUAAGAAAGAAGAUUCGAACGAGCCCCUCUUCACCAGAGCACCUUGGACCAGGGCGACGCAGAAAGGAAAGGAGAAUGGUGAUGCAUCAAAUACAACUGAAGCAGGAGGAAAUGAAACGACCGUUGAUAACGCGCCUGCGGGCACAAAUGAAACUGCAGGCGGAAAUGAAACACAAGCUGAAAAUGGUGAAUCGCCAGGCGAAGCUAAUGAAACAGUACCUGAAAGUUAAAAUAAUCCGUUAUUACUCUUCAACGUAUGGAUUAAAUUUAAAAUAAAAUGAGUACAUAUACUA